AUUCCGAGGUAUCGAUAAGAUAUCGAUGAGCGUUGGAUCGUCUAGAUUGUCAAUGUAGUGUCUCGAGCGAAAUCAUCGAAUUGGCUGAAACUGCUAGAACAAACAAUCUCGAAAAAGACGCAAGGAUCGUUUUACGUAUUGCUGUCAGUUUCGCUGAUUCUUUUUUUCUCCUCCGAGGAUAACAUAUACGGAAAAAGGAGCAACGCGAUGUAACACAACGGGGAGAUCAACCGUUGCGAGGAUCAUUCCACGGGAAUUCGAGUUGAUCAAGAAUUGUUAUCACGUAUCUCAAUGUAUUUCGCCAAUAUGUUGCGAAUGCGUAGGUAAGGUUAUCCAUCAUUCAAGCUCUCCACUUUUUUCGGAUUUAUCGGACGAAUGCGAAAAAAAAAAAAGAAACAGUUAACGUCGGGCCAAGUUUUGCAACCACGAUCUUAGGUGCUUUCGUUCUUCUGUCCCAUUUUUUUCUCUUUUUUUUUUUUUGUCUCUCUCGCGACAUUGACCGUCCUGCUUUUUCUUUUUCGUGAUGUUGAGUGAACGUAACGAGGAGUAAAAUGCCACCGUUUCGAAGGAAAAAGUCUGGAAAAUCUUUCCCCGUUAAAGUCUGUACGCUGGACGCUGAACUGGAAUUCAGUUUGGAGUGGAGAUCAACGGGACGAGAUUUGUUCGACUUAGUCUGCCGCACGAUAGGAUUAAGGGAAACAUGGUAUUUUGGACUGCAGUAUGAGGACACUAAAGGGUUCAUAUCCUGGCUAAAAUUGGACAAGAAAGUGCAAGAUCAAUGUAUCUCCCAACAACCGACAACACCUUUCAUGUUUCUGGCAAAGUUUUAUCCAGAGGAUGUUGCUGAAGAAUUAGUGCAGGAAGUGACACAGCAUUUGUUCUUUCUGCAAGUGAAACAAGCUAUUCUUUCUAUGGACAUUUACUGCCCACCAGAGGCAUCCGUAUUGUUAGCUUCCUACGCGGUUCAAGCGAAGUACGGAGACUACGAUGAAGUUUCAUAUCGUCCAGGGAUGUUGGCCAGCGAAGAUUUAUUGCCGCAAAGAGUCAUUGAUCAAUAUCAAAUGACGCCUGAAAUGUGGGAAGAUAGGAUAAAAAUUUGGUACGCUGAUCAUCGUGGUAUGUCCAGAGACGAAGCGGAGAUGGAAUAUCUGAAGAUUGCCCAGGAUCUUGAUAUGUACGGUGUAAAUUAUUUUCCUAUUAGUAAUAAAAAGGAAACUGACCUUUGGCUGGGAGUCACGGCCCUGGGAUUGAACAUUUACGAGAAGGAAAAUAAGCUAGCGCCGAAAACAACGUUCACGUGGUCGGAGAUACGGCACAUCAGUUUCGAUGACAAGAAAUUCGUAAUAAAACCAGUGGAGAAAACGUCGCCGAACUUCGUGUUCUUCUCGCAGAAAGUUCGGAUGAAUAAAUUGAUCCUAGACCUGUGUAUCGGCAACCAUGAUCUGUUUAUGAGAAGACGAAAGCCUGAUUCUAUGGAGGUACAGCAGAUGAAAGCACAAGCUAAAGAAGAAAAAUCAAGGCGACAAAUCGAAAGAAACAAACUAGCGCGAGAGAAGCAACUCAGAGAAGCCGCAGAAAGGGAAAAGGCCGCUAUGGAACAACGUCUUCUGCAAUAUCAGGAAGAAAUUCGCUUAGCAAACGAGGCACUCAGGAGAUCUGAAGAAACUGCAGAUCUACUAGCAGAGAAAAGUCGCGUAGCUGAAGAAGAGGCAAUGCUGUUAAGUCAGAAGGCCUCAGAGGCGGAGCAGGAGAUCACGCGUAUACGAUUGAAUAAUAUGAAGACCGAAGAGGAAAAAGUUCACCUCGAACGAAAGACCAGAGAAGCAGAGUUGUUGACAGAGAGGCUGGUGCAAGAGUCAGAGCGAAGAGCUGCUGAAGCAGAAAAAUUGAAGGACGAACUGCUACGCGCGCGUAUCGCCGAGAAAGAAGCAAAGGAGAAAUUGUUGGAAUUCCUUAGCAGGAACGCUUACACCGCAACUAUAGCUCCGGUACCAAAUCUGUUCCCAUCGACGCAAGUACUCCCAUCAGAUUUGCAAGCAGAUCUUCAGACAUUGCAACUGGACACGGAACCUCUGCCAGCCGACUUAACAUCCUACGAUCUAAUCGCCGAUGGGGACGUCGAUCAACUUUCCAUGGAGAUCGAGAAAGAAAGAGUGGAUUACUGGGAAAAGAGCAAGCACUUGCAAGAGCAGCUCAAAGAAUUGCGCACAGAGAUAGAAGUUAUGAAAGUUGGGGAGAAACAGUGCGAAUUAGAUCAGUUACAUGAUGAACAAGUGCGGCUUGGUGAAAAUAAGUAUAGUACGUUAAAGAAAGUGAAAUCUGGAUCCACCAAAGCCAGAGUUGCGUUCUUCGAGGAGUUGUAGUGCUAGAGAGCUCUAAGAGAGAUUGAAAAAUUAACGGAGACUUUUCAUGGAGACGAGACAAAUAUGCGAUUGAGUAUAUGCGAUUGAGUAAUUUCUGAAUCUCAGACACGUACGUAUGUAUACGUUUUAGAAUACUGAAACGUACGCUUUCUGUUGUAUUUUAGUAAUAGUUUGAUUUGCUCUAUAUUUACGAUACUGAUACAAUUAGUAAAUACAAUUAGUAAAUCAUAGCAGUAAAAUUGUCCUUGCUUGGAUUUACGUUUGUUUCCACCCGCUCAUGUAUCUUUGCCUAUUUUGUUGUAUUAACUUUCAGUGUUUAAUAACUUCGUAACUCGGCUAGUAAAGUUUUGCACAAAAUACGUAUACAGAAAUCAAAAUUGUUAGUAGGAUUGCUAGGUGUUAACGAUUGUACAGAAAUAAGCAAUUUUUAAAAUUGUAUAUUAUAUUAUAUUAUAUUUUAAAGUUUCGGUAAUUCUAAAAAAUAUUACCCUUCUUUUUUUAACAGAAACAUUAUGUAGAUUAAAGUUCAAAAUUUGAAAAAAAAAACAAAUUUCCCGAUGCUCUGUCAAAUUUUAAUAACGAUGGGAAUUAAUUUCAAUUCGGUUCAGUUACUAGUAAUGCAUUAGCUAAUAAUGCUUAGGUACUAUUUACUUUUUAAUGUAACGUGAUCGAAUGUGCCUAUAAAAAUUGCAUCGUGCAUUUUGUGCGUCGCAUGAUUGGUAAAGGAGCUUAUCGAGAGAGAAAAAAAAAACUGUAUUACAGCUACAGUCUAGUCAAACAACUUGCAAAAUAACUGAUGACCAGAUUCCUGAUUGGUAGAGGUACAAAAAAUACAAUAGUUAUUUUGGUAUUCAAGAUGUUCAUGAUCAAUGUUUGAAGACGUUUUCAUGCUUGAUUGCUAUUAAAUUGUAACUUCGAAUAGUUCUAGUUAAUAAUGCGAAUAAUCUGAAAUACGACUGCUGCAAGUAGGAAAUGUGAUUUUUAACGAAAUUGCGAAAGGAAACGAAGGAUUCCAAUGCAAUACAAAUCAUAAUUUUAAAAAGUCUGAUAAUGAUAAAAAAGAUAUAAUAUGUAUACUCAUACAUCAAACUUAUUUCGAUAAAAUAGAGAAGACUUUCCGUUAUGUAAUUUUUACAUAAGAGGAGUAAAAAUUUGUUAUAGUUGCAAAAAACAUGAGAAAUUAUUUAUAUUAACGCACUGAAUCUUUUGAGGUAAUGAUACAUUAUUUUAAGAUGUUAAAUUCGUGAUAUAUAAGAAAAAUUGAUAUAAAAAUAUUCGAUCAGUGUAUGAGUAUUUAUUGAUAUUCGUUUUUAUUAGAUAAGAAAAUAUGUAAGUAUAAAGGAAAUCGUUGUUAUUCAUGCCAUAUGCCAUGAACCAUAACUAACAUAAUUGCUAUAUAGUUAGUUUGAUUAGACUAGAGCAUUACAAUCUUUGUGCAUUAUCAAUUGUGGCCUUCGAAAAGGAAAUGUUCCUAUCAAUGUAGUAAAAAAAGUCAGUGUUCAAGUAUUCUACUUAAUUAAGUACUAAGUAUUUUAAAAUGUAACAUAUUCACUAAUUAUAGCAUCAAAUGUAUAUGAUACUUUUCAAACGAGAAAGAAAAGUAAUUUUUAUAUGCAGUAAUGUA